UCUCGAGCAGGGAGGGAGCGGAGAGGGACGGGGCCGGUUCCGGGGGGCGCGGCGAGCCCGGCCCUUCCCCCGCCCCCCGCGGAGCUGAGCCGAGCCGGGCUGAGCAGAGCCGAGCCAGGCUGAGCAGAGCCGAUCCGGGUGGGCCCCGCCGGCAGCGAGGGCAAGGCGGAAUUGGUGCUGGAAGCUGCAGGGGGCUCCAGCCAUGGAGCGGAGCCGGGAGGGUGCCUGAGGCUUCUGGAAGGAGCAGGAGGGGGUGCAGGACAUGGAGCCCCUCAACAGCAGCAUGGCCAGGCAGGCGGACUCGUGCUUUGGGGUGUUCAAUGCCAGUGAUGGCCGUGCCAGUGCACAGAACAGCAUUGCCUCACCCUGGUUCUCCACAGCCUUCGGCCUCAUCGGCCUCUGUUCCAACCUCUUUGCCCUCUGCGUCCUGGUCAGCUCCUCCCGCAAGCUCUCCAGUCAGGCCCGCUCCUCCUUCCUCAUCUUCCUCUGUGGGCUGGUGGUCACAGACUUCAUGGGGCUGCUGGUGACAGCCUCGGUCAUCAUCCCUUACCAUUUCACCAAGUUCUCCUGGGUCAAGGUGGACCCUGGCUGCCAUCUCUGCAACUUCCUCGGCUUCUCCAUGGUCUUCUUCGGGCAGUGCCCACUGCUGCUGGGGGCCACCAUGGCCGGGGAGCGGUUCUUGGGCAUCAACCAUCCCUUCUCCCGCUCCACCAGCCUCUCCAAGCGCCGUGCCUGGGCCAUCGUGGGGCUGGUGUGGGGCUUCUCCUGCUUGCUGGGACUGCUGCCGGUGUUUGGGCUGGGGCGGUACACGCUGCAGUUCCCCGGCUCCUGGUGCUUCCUCACCCUCCUGCCUGACACUGGUGAUGUCGUCUUCUGCCUGCUCUUUGCACUGCUGGGCAUCCUCUCCGUGCUGCUCUCCUUCGUCCUCAACACCAUCAGCGUGGUCACGCUCUGCCGCGUCUACCACGACCGCGAGUCGGUGCAGCGGCGCCGGGACAGCGAGGUGGAGAUGAUGGUGCAGCUUGUGGGCAUCAUGAUUAUCGCCACCAUCUGCUGGAUGCCCCUCCUGAUCUUCAUUGUCCAGGCGGUCCUGCAGCACCCGCCUGGCCAGGCACGGGUGCUGCCCACAGACACGCAGGAGAUGCUGCUGAUCUACAUCCGCAUGGUCACUUGGAACCAGAUCCUGGACCCCUGGGUCUACAUUCUGUUCCGGCGGGCCGUGCUGCAGCGUGUGUACCCCCGGCUGCACCCUCGGCCCUCCAUCGUCUCCCUCACCCCGUCCCUGCCCCGCAAGCUCACCGCUGGCUCUGUCCUGCAGUAGCAGCCCUGGGGACAGACACUGAGCAGGGGGACAUGGCCACCCCCCCAUCCCACCCCCACAGUGGAUCCUCAUCACUUGCACCCAGAGGCUUCCCCCCACAGCAAGCUCGAUAACCAAGGGGCUGUCAGGGGACACAGGGCUGCUUCCCCCUCCCCAUCCCCAAUAAAGCA